CGCGCCGGGCGCGGAGUGCGGCGCCGCGGGCCCCGCUAGCGGGGACGCGGCCGCCACCGCAAGGCGCCGUGACCAUGCUGGGAGCGGACGAAUUCAUCAGCUCCCCGCCCAGGAAGACGGUGCGGUUCGGGGGGACCCUGACCGAGAUCCUGCUUAAGUACGAAAAGGGUGACACCACAGAUUUUGAGUUGUUAAAACAUCAGCUGUCAGAUCCAGACAUAAAGGAUGCCCAGAUCAUUAAUUGGCUGCAUGAAUUUCGAGCUGCUGUUGCAUAUUUGACCAAAGAGCUUGAACAACUGGUCAACAUUUUGCUGAGGCUGCCAUGGUUGAGAAGGAGCCGAGAGGUAGUAGAAGAAUAUCUGGGCUUUCUUGGCAAUCUUGUGUCAGCACAAACUGUCCAUCUCAGGCCGUGCCUCCGGAUGAUUGUGUCACUCUUUGUCCCCCCUCGAAUAACCAUCAGAGAAGAUGAUGUGGAUAUUUCAGAUUCUGAUGAUGAUGAUGAAAACAUUUCUGAAAACUUUGAUACAUGCCACAGAGCAUUGCAAACUGUUGCAAGAUAUGUUCCUUCGACACCACAGUUUCUCAUGCCGAUACUUGAGGAAUUCUUUCCUUUCAUUAAUAAAUCAGAAAGAACUCUGGAAUGUUAUGUCCAUAACCUGCUGCGAGUUACUGUGUAUCUUCCAACUCUAAGGCUUCAGAUUCUGGAGCUUAUUAUUGAAAAGCUGCUGAAAUUGGAUGUUAGCACUCCACAGCAAGAUAUUGAAGAUGCUGAAGAAACUGCUAAUAACUGUGCUAGUGAGGAAAAAUCUACAGAGGAGGGACUUUUUGCCAUGGAGGAAGAUGAAGACAAAAAAGGAAACAAAGUUGUCUCUCCCAGUAUUGAGAGAAUGGCCCAUCCACUUGCAGAGCGCCUGGAUAUCCUGAUGACCAUUCUGUUUUCCUACAUUAAAGAUGUUUGCCAUGUGGAUGGCAAGCUCGACAUCAGCAACACGAAGGAUUUGUAUCGGGAUCUGGUUUCUGUUUUUGACAAGCUCAUUUUACCAACCCAUGCUUCAUGUCAUGUACAGUAUUUCAUGUUUUACAUCUGUAGCUUUAAAUUGGGGUUGGCCGAGGCAUUUUUAGACCAUCUUUGGAAGAAAUUGCAGGAUCCAAACAAUCCUUCAGUAAUCAGACAGACUGCUGGGAGUUAUAUUGGUAGCUUCUUGGCAAGAGCUAAAUUUAUUCCUGUUGUUACAGUAAAAGCAUGUCUGGAUCUUCUGGUGAACUGGUUGCAUAAAUACAUUGAUAAUCAGGAUACAGGAGCUAAUGCCUACUGUGAUGUAGCUCUCCAUGGGCCGUUCUAUUCUACAUGUCAGGCAGUGUUCUAUACGCUUAUUUUCCGUCAUAAACAACUUUUGGAUGGAAAUUUAAGAAAAGGUCUGUCUUAUCUGCAGAGUUUAAAUUUUGAGCGCAUUGUCAUGUGCCAGCUAAACCCCCUGAAGAUUUGUAUCCCUUCUGUUGUCAACUUGUUUGCUGCCAUUACCAGGAAAUACCAGCUGGUGUUCUGCUACACGAUUAUUGAGAGGAACAACAGGCAGUUCAUUCCCGUUGUGCGGAGCGGCACCGGGGGGGACCUUGUGCAGACCUGCACCAACCCCCUCGACAGCUUCUUCCCCUUUGACCCCUACAUACUCAAAAGAUCAAAGAAGACCAUUGAUCCUAUGUAUCAGUUCUGGGAAGAGCUGAGUGCUGAAGAGCUUGAGAAUCUGAAGAAACCCAUUAAAAAGGGUACUUCUGAAGAUGAAGAUGAUGACUUUUUGAAAGGAGAAACUCCUCAAAAUGAUGGUGUGGUUGAAAUUGCACCAAAUUCUUAUGAGUCCAACACACGGAGCCCUGUGAGCAGCAUUGGCUCCCCUGCAGACUGUUACGUGCCGUACCCACUGUGACACGGACAACCAGAAGGGAAAAGGUUGAAAAUUGUGUGCAAUGUUUUGCUCUGGAAAGAGACUUGAGCUCAACUUUCCAAACUGGCAAAUGUUUAAGUAACUACAUUUAAGAAAAAUUACUGUUUCUUAGUCAUCAGAUUUCUACAGAUAUGUUAUAGUGAACUUAUAUGUUGCUAGAAAAAGCUUAGAGAAUAAAUAGGGUGAUAUUUUACAAAUUUCACAUUGAAAUGGUUUUUAUGACCUAGAAGGAUUUUUUUAAUAGUUUUUUCCAACUCUCCAAAACUUUGUUUACUAAUGUUUCUCUAGAAGGUGUUGUAUAUCAUGGGUGAAAUUCUGGUGUUUCUUCCUGCAGAUUUGUGUGGGGGUCAGAAUUCCACUAUCAGUGUUCUGAGUGAUGAUUCUUCUUGAGGUGGUUUCAAAGUAAUGGUGUAAUCUCUCAAUAAGGCAGGGCAGGAGUCCAGUCUGGCAGUGGUUUUCCACACACGUCUCUUCAGCUUUUCCUGUCUGUAGAGCUGUACUUGGUGAAGCCAUUUGCUAGUUGGAAGUAUGCUCAGACAGAAAGAAUUAUCCCUCCUUAAAUCUGUAGCUGACACACACCUUUCCCAGCUAGGAAAGUUCAGACAUGUAAAAGUGAUGGUUGCUGGAAGUGUUGAAAAUGAGGGAGUAGCUGAAUGUAUUAUUUGUAGAUAGUUUUCUUUGGGGUGCUUGUGAAGCACUCAGAAACAGGUAUUUAUUUGCCAGAUUUGAAGUUUCUAUGUGAAUGCUGAAAACAAGAAAAAAAAAAAAUAUUCCCUUGUGGAAAGGAAGUGAUGGUGUCAGUGGUGUCCUUGUGUUGUCCAUGUGUCUGUCAGUCAGUGGAGAGUUUCUCUACAAAGGUUUCUUGUCUUUUCAUGGUUGCUGGCUUUUAGAUUUGAGUAAGAAUAUAAACAAUGGGAAAAAAAUAAGUGUUAUUUGUGUAACAUUUAGUUGAAAAUUUUGUGUAUUUGAGACUAAACUCCAAUUGCCCUUCAGAAUCUGAACUUGGAGGUUCUCAAGACAACAUUUUUAUUUGGAGCCAAUAAACUUUGAUGCAAACAGUGCAAUUCUUAAGAUCCUUGAGAAAACCUCAUCUCUGUAUGUAACUGAGGUGCUCUCUGUGUAGCCUGACUUCUCAGAGUUGGGUUGUUCAUUCUGACAGACUGCAGAAAUUACUUUUGGGGAUGAUGCUGCGAAGUGCAUAAGUGGAUCUGUUCUUCAUUGUAUAAACUGAGAGGCUUUGGUUUUUUAUUUGUACUUUAUUGUCAGUCCUGAGUAAUAAACAAUAGAAUUCUGUCCGAAA